AUGCCGUUCGGUCUUCGUAAUGCCGCCCAAACGUUCCAGAGGUUCAUCGACCAUGUCUUACGUGGCCUACCCUUUGUGUACGCCUACAUUUAUGACCUCUUGGUGGCCAGCCGGAAUGAGGAAGAAGACAAAGAGCAUCUUGCCUUGGAGUUUGACCGCCUCGACAAGUUUGGCGUUGUCAUCAACCCCUCCAAGUGCGUGUUGGUUGGGCCUUCGCUCGAGUUCGUCGGCCAUCAGGUCGACUCUGAAGGUUUUCGUCCCCUCUUCUCUAAUGUUGAAGCAGUUCGUAAUUUUACUCCUCCAACUUUAAAGCGUCAGUUUCAGCGAUUCCUCCGCAUGGUCAAUUUUUACCGCCGGUUCCUACCGAACUGUGCUGACCUCAUGUUACCGCUCACCAACAUGCUUUCUGGUCCCAAAGGUCCCCUCGAGCUGACUGGUGAAGCACUGACUGCUUUUGAGAGAAUCAAGAAUUCCCUUGCCGACGCCACCUUACACACGCAUCCCGCUUCCGAAGCUCAGCUGUCUCUGAUGGUAGAUGUUUCGACCGUAACCGUAAGUGCAGUCCUUCAACAACACCUUGCUGGUUCGACUCGAGCACUUGCCUUUUUCUCCAAAAAGCUCUUACCAGCUGAGACACGUUACAGUACCUUUGGCCUUGAACUACUUGCCAUUUGCCUGGCUGUGAAGCAUUUUCGGCAUUUCUUUGAAGGUCGUGACUUCACUGUUUUCACUGACCACAAACCGUUGACUUUUGCACUUCGUUCCCACUCCGACAAGUACAAUCCGAGGGAAAUCGCCCACCUGGACUACAUCUCCCAAUUCACCACCGACAUCCUCCAAAUUGAUGGUACGAAGAAUGAGGUGGCUGAUAUGCUGUCCAGACCCUCACUGUUUUCCCUCCAACUCUCUCAUGGGAUCGAUCUUUGCGCCAUGGCAGCUGAGCAACAGCGAGUCGGUUGUCCUGGUGACGAGUCUGUUAGUGGUCUCCAACUCAAAGACGUUCCUCUGACCACCGGCUCUGGUACCAUACUUUGUGCCGUCUCAAUUCCCUUUCAUCGCCCUUUCGUGCCCGCCUCGAUACCUCGAGUCGUAUUUCAAACUCAGCAUUGA